AGAACACAUUACGUUGCAUCGUCAUUCGCUACUGCAACGCGUUAGUAGUUGGUAUACAGUCACCGUGCGGACUGCUGGCACUUUACGCAAAAAAAAAUCGUGUGCUAUUUAUUCGAAAAUUUUAAAUUUGGUAUUAUUAUUGUGCUAUAUUUGUGUACUAUUGUGACCUUACUUGUUUCUUGAAAAAAUCAAUCAACAUGGCGCCAUCUAUGAGUGUUAAGGAAUACUACUCAAAUAAAACAAUAUUCAUCACUGGCGCAACGGGAUUUAUGGGGAAAGUCUUGGUGGAGAAACUUCUCAGAUCAUGCCCGGAAAUAAAGAAAAUAUAUUUAUUAAUGAGACCUAAGAGAGGACAAAACACUAAAGAGAGAUUGGAAACGUUUAUAAAUUGCGUGGUCUUCAGCCAUAUAAAGGAUGAUUAUCCCAAACGCCUGGACAAACUCCAAGUAAUACCUGGUGACAUCUUAGCUGAAGGUCUCGGUAUUUCCAUCGAAGACCGUGAUCUGUUGCAAAGGGAAUGUCAAAUUUUGUUCCAUUGUGCAGCUUGUGUAAGGUUUGACAUGUUCAUCCGAGAUGCCAUAAACUUGAAUACUUUGGGCACGAAGAAAGUGCUCGACUUAGCUGACGGCAUGAAAGAGCUCGAGGUUUUCAUUCACGUAUCGACCUCAUACUGCAGAUGUGAAGUUGAAGUAUUGGAAGAAAAAGUGUAUCCAUCCAAACACAACUAUGAGGAUGUAAUGGAGAGCGUCAGGUGGAUGGAUGAUGAUCUUUUACAUCACUUGGAGCCUAAAAUCAUAGAACCUCAACCUAAUACUUACGCGUAUACCAAGGCGCUGACAGAAAAUAUGGUAUCUGAACAUGCCGGGAAAUAUCCCAUCAUUAUAGCAAGACCUUCGAUUGUAACGGCUGCAUUGAAGGAGCCUAUACCGGGAUGGGUGGAUAAUUUGAACGGUCCUACGGGACUGAUAGUUGGAGCUGGAAAAGGUGCAAUACGUACAAUGCAUUGCAAUGCUUCGUAUAUGGCUGAUGUCAUACCAGUCGACAUUGUUGUCAAUGCUUGUAUACUUCUUGGUUAUACAACAGCUUUGGAAAAGCCUAAGGAAGUGGCUGUAUGCAAUAUAACACAGUCAGGAAUAAACCCUAUUUCCUGGGAACAAGCACUCGAGUUAGGUCGCCUCCACGUCCAAGAAUUUCCGUUCUCCGUCUGCAUUUGGUACCCUGGUGGUUCACCAAAAACCUCAAAGCUUCAGCAUCAAAUUGCCGUAUUUUUCACGCAUCUACUUCCUGCGUAUUUAGUGGACUUGCUGAUGGUCUUAAUGGGGAAAAAGACAUUCAUGGUGAAAACGCAGAAACGUAUCAACUAUGGCUUAGAAGUGCUACAGUAUUACACGACGAAGGAAUGGCACUUCAAGAACGAUAACUUAUUGGCACUUCGGCAGAAAAUUUCUGUUGAAGAUGACGAGACUUAUUACACCGAUGUCAAGUUAAUCAAUUGGAAUCUCUACAUAAGGGACUACGUUCAGGGUGCCCGCCACUAUUGCGUCAAAGAAGAUCCAGCAACUCUUCCUCAGGCCAGAAAACUACAACAAAAAUUAUACUACAUCGACAGGACAAUGCAAGUCUUGAUAUAUACGUUAUGUAUCUAUUUUUUAUAUCAUUAUUUUAAAUUAUUCUUGUCAUUUCUCCAUUAGUAUCAACUUAAACUCAAUGUUUAUGAAAUUAAUGUAUUUAUUUUGGUUGCUUUAUUAUUAUUUUUAUAUAAAUCUGUGUUAAAAUCUAAUUAGACUGAUAAUAAGAUUUAAUUUUAUGCAAUAGAAGCAGUGUAUGCUUCCUAAUUAUUGAUCAAUCUGUAUUAAUGUCAAAUUGAUCAAUGUGUUAAUAGAUAGAAUAAUUCAAUAUAAAUGCUUUGUUCAAAAUAGACCAAUUUUAUUGUGUGCGUGAAUGGGGACACCAGAAUAUAUAGUUAUAACUUAGAAUGUGGAAAAAAUUUAUACUACAGAGUUAAGUUUAGAAUUAAAUACAAAACUAAAUUUUCACGUUUAUAUUUUAUACAAAAGAGAUUCAUAAUGACGCUUAUCUUAGCUCUAGCUAGUGACUAAUUUAAUAUGUUGUAAAUAAAUGGCGUUGACUGUUAGCACUAGAUACAAUUUUGAGUUUAUAAUUAAUCAUUGCAAAUAUACACACACAAUAAUAAAAUUGUGGAAAAGUAAAAGUGUACAUGUCGACAAGUGUAUAUGUAUGUAUAUAUGACGUAUUUCAUCUCUGCCAUUCCCCAAACUAAGUAAUCCUAAACUAUACUAGACUAUACUUGCCAAAGGCAUUAUAUUGCAUUAUUUGUAGUUUUUAAAUCGUUAACAUUCUCUUAAGAGUGAAACUGAACAUUUUUUCUAAAGAAAUAUGGCUCAAAUAAGGUUGACAUUUUUUUAAAUUUAUUAUAAUAAUAUAUGGAUAUCAAUGUCUCCCUUACAAACUCGAUUAAUAUAUUAGAAGCACGAAUUGUUUUGUUUUUCAACUUAUUGUUUCAUUGCAAAUAUGUACAGUUCCACUAUUGGCACAUUAAUUUCCUUAUCAUUUCAACUUUACUGUCUAUAAAAAUAAAAUUAUGGGAUAAGUUUUUUUUUAAAUGUGUGUAUUUUACUCAAUAGUGAAAUAUAGUCUUAAGAAUAAUGUUUAAUAUUAAAUAUCAUUAUUGUUUAUCUAUAAUAUAAGAUAAAAGGUAAACAUUAUAUUUUAAUUUUAAUACAUUUAUUAUUACAUAAAAAUAUAAGUAAUACAUGCUUGUAAUGUUUUUUUGAUCCAUUUUAUAUUUAAAUAAUCUACGGGA